CUCAAAUUGGCAGUUUGCCACUUCUUAUCGUCCUCCUCUUCACUCCAAUAGCAACGACACUCGACCUCCUGUACCAUCAAGCACCCCAACGGGCCGUCACAUUCGGGCCACCAGCAUAGCAUCAAGGCUUUCGCCGCUUGCUCCACCGCCACGAUGAGCUCAAGACGCGUGGGCACGUUCUUCCUUGCCACGCUCUGCCUGCUCCUCUUGUCACAGCCCGCAGCAGCCGCAACAACGCUUCAACCAGAUUCGAUCCUUCAAUAUGUGCCCUCACUACCGGGGAACGCCAUCGUCACCGCCUUCUACGGCUUCUUUUCGCUCGUCCUCUUCAUCUACGUCUUCCGGACGCGCAGCUGGUGGGCCCUCUGCGAACCAAUUGGGGCCUUCUUUAGCUUCCUCGGGUACCUACUCAGGAUAGUAAUGAGGAGCAAUCAGAGCAGUCAGACGAUCUACAUCGUCCUCUACCUCUUCGUCGUCCUCUCCCCAGCAUGCUAUCUGGCCUUCAACUAUAUCAUUUACGGUCGUUUGUUGGUUGCCCUCACUGGCAUCGACCGUCACGACGAUAGUGUCAAGAAGUCAAAGGUCAAGAGCCCUUACUCUCCUCUACCGCCGAGGCUCUACACCGCCAUCUUCGUCAUCAGCGACGUCGUAACCUUCCUCAUCCAGGCUGCAGGCGGAGGUAUGCAGACGUCCAACGGCCCCAUCGUCAUUACGGGCAAUCACGUCUUCUUGGCCGGCGUCGUCCUGCAGAUGGCCUCGUACGUCUUCUUUUCGUUCCUGAUGCUCUUCGCACACUUCCGUCUCGCUCGAGAUGACCCAGCGCACUUCUCCCCGCUCAAAGCGACGACGAAAAUGCGCCAAUCACCGGGACUAGUCCUGCUCUACCUCCUCUACGUGAGCAGCAUCGCAAUUAUUGUGCGUCUCAUCUAUCGCACGGUCGAGAUGGCUCAGGGCUAUGGCGGUCAGCUCUACUCGAACGAGAUCUACACAUUCUUGCUCGAUGCUAUGCCGCUGCUCAUCUCCAUCGGGGUAUGGGCGGCAGUCUGGCCUGGCACGCUACUGGAGCGCGUCCAGCCUACGGAGGCUGCUCUGAGAGGUCGAAGUGGCGCGGAGCACAAUGCGGAGUCUUUGACCACGACGGCUGAUGCUGGCACGCAUGAGAAAGCGUAGUCUACUUCAGAGAGAAGAUGAGUAAGGGCCAGGCCCCGCUCUUCCAGGAUAGGCCCGCUCGAAGGAGAUCAGACUGGAAUCGCAUGCGCUCCACUUCAUAGACCAAUGGACACUGUCAAUAGUAUUCUUGUUUACUUCAAUUUCUAGAAAAAGCACCAUGAGUUGUCACCCGUCGCUGCUCUACAUCAUGGAGAGGGAAUAGGAUGAGCAAGGUAGUAGGUAUAGAUAGCUCAUUGAGCUUCGAGAUUGACGAGAAAGGCACUAGCCUCA